AUGUGGCAGCAGGACGGCCCUGUCUCCCACCUGAGCAGCUCCCAGGAUUCCCUGCCCCCCGCAGAGCCGCAUGGUGGUCAGCCCGCCGCCAGCUCCGCUGAGCUCCAGCUUCAUCCUGAUGAUUUGAGCGGCUGCCAAAGAAGUAAGGUGGCCUUAAUUUCGACAGCGGUGGUCAGGGCAAUCACAGAAGACUGCAGGUGUCCUUCCCCCAACACUGUAAAUCAAUGGUCCCCAACGUGGUGCCUGUGGGGGCAUCUAUGUGCGCCCGCAUACUGGUCGGCGGACAAGCAUCAGCUGAAAUGCCACCGAAAAGCAGCGUCAUCAAGUGGCGUCGCCGCCAAAACGCUGAUCCUCGGUGGCUCGUCGUCCGGCGUCUGCCACCCGGAAAAGGACCAGGACUCCAUCACUGUCGAUAUUGGGGACUCUCUGGAAGAACUAAGCCACACAAGAGAGAAACCCUCUCAAUGUCUCGAGUGCAAGAAAUCUUUCUACUGUAAGUCAGCACUAAUAACACAUCAGAGAAUUCACACAAGAGAAAGACCCCAUAAGUGCUUGGGCUGUGGGAAAAGUUUCACACGGAGAUCAGACCUCAUUCAGCAUGGGAGAAUCCACACAGGAGAGAGACCCCAUAAGUGCUUGGACUGUGAGAAAAGUUUCAGAUACAGAUCAGUCCUUCUUUCACAUCUGAGAACCCACACAGGAGAGAAACCCCAUAAGUGCUUGGGGUGUGGGAAAAGUUUCAUGUGGAGAUCCACCCUUGUUUUACAUCAGAGAAUCCACACAGGAGAGAGAUCACAUAAGUGCUUGGACUGUGUGAAUAGUUUCAGGUGGAAGUCAAACCUUAUAAGACAUCGAAGAAUCCACACAGGAGAGAGACCCCGUAAGUGCUUGGACUGUGGGAAAAGUUUCAUAUGGAGAUCCGCCCUUGUUUUACAUCAGAGAAUCCACACAGGAGAGAGACCCUAUAAGUGCUUAGACUGUGGGAAAAGUUUCACACAGAGAUCAAACCUCAUUAAACAUGGGAGAAUCCACACAGCAUCUAAAAUUCUGUGACCCAUGGCCAGAAAGGGUGAAGCAACAUGCAGGCUAAUUGAUCCAGUUUCAGCCUUUAGAGACAUCCUUCGUAAGUGUGUAAAUGGUAUUUAGGUCCUUUCCAUGUUCUACAGGCUUGAGCUUUGAAAUGAAAACUUGUAUUCCUAAGGAAUUGGAAGAAGCUGGUAACUAUAGUAGACUGUUUACCCGUGUCUUGUUGGAGGUUAACAAUGUAACCAAACGGGUUCCUCUCUAGGGGUGUAUUCUGUUAAUUCGGAGAUCAAAAGGAAAUAUUAACAUUUAGCUAAAACUUGGGUGUAAUACUGUCAUUCUCUGCAUGUCUCUUUAAAGUUUGUGGUAAACAGUCUAUGAACUGCUUAAUGGAUAAUUGCCUCAUGUUAAUCCAUGUAGUUAAUUGCC